GCUGUCAGAUUUUCGACCGCAGAACAAUCAUAUACAGUAGCGUACUGUUGCUGUUUCGCAGCUCUAAAAUGUGAGUUAAAUGUGUUUAAAGACAGAAAAAGUCCAUGGGUAUAUUUAGUAAUAUCAAAUGGUGUACUAAACAUUUGUAAUCGAGUAAAAAUCACACCCGAAUUUAUCAGGGAAUGUGUGAUGUGAUAGUAUGUAGCUAACACUGGCUAGCCAUACAACAAUUAAUUUGGAGGGCUUCUCGUCUUGUGUCUUCAGUUCCAAUGAUUUGUGCAUGAAAGAAUAAGUAACUAUGUCUCGAGUUACCAAGAAAGCGUCAUCUGUCUGUACAGACAGCCCACUGAGCAUGAGUGAAGUCUGUCGGAAGAUGACACUGAUGAGGCAGAUCCUCACCUCUUGUUUCGGACCCAAUGGCAGACUGAAGCAAGUCCAUAACAACGUUGGUGGACACGUCCUGACCACCUCCACCUCUACAUCCCUACUUCAAGCUGUUUCCUCAUCGGAGCCGUUACUCAAACUUAUAACUGCCUCCAUCCUAAACCACCUGUCUCGGUUCAGUGACUGUGGUCUGUACACUGGCAUCCUCUGUUUUUCCCUCAUUGACCAUGUUCAGAAGUCAGGCUUGAGACCAAGUGUUGCGAUCAAGAUCAACAAACAACUAUUGGAGGUUUGCACCGGUUUCCUCAACCAGGAGGACUGUGGCUGUAAAGUGAAUGUCGAUUUCAACAGCUGCCAGAGCUUGGUGACACUAGCCAGGAGUGUCAUCUCUAGCAAACCUGCCUGUGUGUUGACUGAGGGUGAACAACAGCAUAUCAGCACGUUGGCUGUCCAUGCCUUUCUACUGACUGUCCCCUGUGGUGACACCCCGGGCUCCCCAGACAGAGUCCGUCUUGGUAGGACUGUGACUGUCUCCAUCGAGGGACAGUUUGUGCUAGAUUCUGCAGUGUUUCCAGGUCUGCUGGUGAAUGUCCCAGACAUGCAGCUUCACCCCACAGACUCGGAGAGAACCAGACGGGGGCCCGGUCCCUUCCGACUAGCCCUGUUCACGGUGUCUCUCUCAGGGGAUCUAUCUGAGUUCGGAGAGGGGUCCCUGGAGGUGCACAGUGGAGCCCCUGACCCAGAACACCUCAUCCUGGAUGAGUUACUGAAGCUGGGAGAGCAGGCAGUUACAGACAAGGUGGAGGUGUUUAUGUGUCAGAGAGUAAUACACCCUGUACUGCAGCAUUACCUGCGGAGGCAUGGGGUCUUGGUCGUAGAGAGACUCGGCAUUGCACUCAUCCAGCCCAUUGUUCAAAUGACAGGUGCUCAAGCAGUGGCGUUGUACCAGACCCCUAUCCCUCCUGAGGCCUAUGGCCAGGUGAAAGGCUGCUGUGUCAGAACCGUUGGAUCCAGAGAGAUGCUGCAUCUCCUUCCACCUCGGGAACCAGCACCAGCUGUCUGCACUAUGGUCCUCUGCCACAGGAACGACACCAUGCUCAACAAACUGAAGGCUGCGUGUCAGAGGGCAGAGCAUGUGUUGAGGCUGACCCUGAGAGACCCAGUAGCUCUGCUGGGAGGAGGAUGCACUGAGACACACAUGGCAGCCUACAUCAGUAACAAGGGCACUACUGAAGCAGCAAAGGCAGCGUUAUCCCUGGGAGUCUCCCAGUCUCAGUACCUACUGGGACUGAACGGGUUCUGCUCCUCCCUGGAGGCUGUAGCCUUGGCCCUGGUGCACGAUGGAGAAACCGGCCUCGUAGACCUCAGCUACGCCCACCACUGGUCUGUGCUCCAGGGAGAGGCUAUUCAUUCGGGUACUGUGCUCCAGGGAGAGGCUAUUCAUUCAGGUACUGUGCUCCAGGGAGAGGCUAUUAAUUCGGGUACUGUGCUCCAGGGAGAGGCUAUUAAUUCGGGUACUGUGCCCCAGGGAGAGGCACUCCAGCGGGGUGAUGGAGAUGAGAUUCCUACCACCUGUGGCUGUGGCCUGGUGGAGAGGAGCGCCAGGCCUGGGCUGGAGUGGACCCCCCUCAACACCAGGUACCCUUCACGUCCUGCCCCCCUGGUUGUGGAUAAGGACACUACCCCUCAGCUCAGGGUGCUGGACUCCUUCACAGCCAAACUCAAUGCUCUGCAGGUUGCCGUGGAAAUGGCUAAUCUGGUACUGGACAUUAGAUACGUCAUCCAAGAUGUCAACUGACACCAACAUCUCAACCAAGAUGUCAACUGACACCAACAUCUCAUCCAAGAUGUCAACUGACACCAACAUUUCAUCCAAGAUGUCAACUGACACCAACAUCUCAUCCAAGAUGUCAACUGACACCAACAUCUCAAUUCAAUUCAAAGGGACUUUAUUGGCAUGGAAUGUGUUGUCAUUGUUUUGUUUACAGUUUAUUUCUAUCAGCUUUUAACAGUAAACACAACACUUUCAAGAGAAUAACAACGUUUAAAACAUGAUAUUACUAGCGGUUAUAAAACAAAUCUAGUAUAACAUUUAAAAUGUUACAUAAGCUAGGUGUUGUGACAAUGUGCAAAUAGUAGACUGUACAAAUGACAGGGGUGGGAAUGAAUAGGCAGAUAUAUGUAGGUUUUAUUACAUUGUUGUUUCUGACCCACUGGUCGACCUUUUCUUGUGGCAGCAGGUCACACAUCUUGCUACUGUGAUGGCGUUACUGCGAUAUUUUGCCUAACAGAUACAGGAGUUUGUCAAAAAUUAUAUCUGUUUCGAAUUCUUUGCGGGUUUGUGUAAUUUUGAGGGAAAUAUGUCUCUCUAAUAUGGUCGUACAUUUGGCAGGAGGUUAGGAAGUGCAGCUCAGUUUCCACCUCAUUUUGUGGGCGGUGAGCACAUAACUUGUCUUCUUUUGAAAGCCAGGUCUGCCUUCGGUGGCCUUUCUAAAUAGUAAGGCUAUGCUCACUGAGUCUGUACAUAGUCAAAGAUUUUAAUUUUAGGUCAGUCACAGUGGUCAGGUAUUCUGCCACUGUGUACUCCCUGUUUAGGGCCAAAUAGCAUUCUAGUUUGCUCUGUUGUUUUGUUAAUUCUUUCCAGUGUGUCAAGUAAUUCUUUUUUUGUUUUUCUCGUGAUUUGGUUGGGUCUAAUUGUGUUGCUGUCCUGGGGCUCUGUGGGGUCUGUUUGUGUUUGUGAACAGAGCCCAAGGACCAGCCGUUCUCUAGGUUAAUCUCCUUGCAGGGGAGGGCUUUGUGCUACUGUCUAUAUGUAGAUAUCUAGGUAAAUCUCUACUGUCUAUAUGUAGAUAUCUAGGUAAAUCUCUACUGUCUAUAUGUAGAUAUCUAGGUUAUGAUCUCUACUGUCUAUAUGUAGAUAUCUAGGUAGAUCUCUGUCUAUAUGUAGAUAUCUAGGUAGAUCUCUACUGUCUAUAUGUAGAUAUCUAGGUUAUGAUCUCUACUGUCUAUAUGUAGAUAUCUAGGUAGAUCUCUACUGUCUAUAUGUAGAUAUCUAGGUAGAUCUCUACUGUCUAUAUGUAGAUAUCUACUGUCUAUAUGUAGAUAUCUAGGUUAUGAUCUCUGUUGUCUUUUUGUAGAUAUCUAGGUAGAUCUCUACUGUCUAUAUGUAGAUAUCUAGGUAGAUCUCUGUCUAUGUUUUGGCGGUUGUCGUUCUUCACAUUCAAUGAUACCGAAUUCCCAGCUGCAGACUAGUAAUUAGUAUCAAAGACUUGUUCUUAUUCUGUCGGUAUCGAUAGUCUAAGAGUUUAACCACGUGGUAUGGUUAAAAGAUUCUACAACCUUUAGCCAUCUCUAAUUGAGGUAAGCUCGGUCUACAACCUUUGUCCUCCUAAUGUAGAAAAACAUGGUCUGCUGAGAAUUUCUCAGAAUUUCUUAUUCGGAAUGGCAGAAAAGGGCUGUCCCAGGACGCCUGACCCUAACUGGGCUCGGGCUGUCCAGGAUGUCUGACCCUAACUGGGCUCAGGGGCGGUCCAGGACGCCUGACCCUAACUGGGCUCAGGGGCGGUCCUCUGAUUUAGUUCAAAUCAAAAGGGAAUUGUAUUUUUCUUCAUUAAAUAGUCCACAAUCAUAUUACACCAUUUUACAAACAGUAUCAUACUCACUCAUUCAUCUUAUACAACAAUUAGAUGUAAACCUCAUAUCUGAGACUAUUAUAUAAACAGUAUCAUACUCACUCAUUCAUCUUAUACUACAAUUAGAUGUAAACCUCAUGUCUGAGGCUAUUAUAUAAACAUUUAUGGUAAUGUGGCCACACCGUCUCCCAUGAGCUUCCCCAAGUGGUUCCAAACGCACCAGUUCGUAGCUGGAUUCUUCACCCAUCUUUUACACUUUCUCUGGAACAUGACAUUUGUUUGUACCUCAAGUUCUGUGAGGUGGAAGGAUUUCCUUUGCCCUCUGUGAAAGUUCACCCUCUAUCUAAUACUGUGUGGCCAUGAGGCAGGGUUUUCUGAGGAAUUUACGACCUCUGACCACAGCAGUCUGGUUGUAGAAGCAGAGAGCGGGGGAUGGUGCUUGCUGUACUCAGAGGCCAACGUCAUGACAUACCCCCCCUGGUGGUUUGGAUCUUGUUUUUCCUGCAAGUUACAAAUCAACAUAAAAUCAUGAUCACGUGAUGUCCUGUUUGUAGAUCAUCGUUGCCGUCCCCUCUGGUGGUUAAACUUGGUAGGCUUCUCUGAAAGCGGAGCAGUCCACCACAAGGAUGGCAGUGGAUGUCCGGUUGGUGAUCGCCGUUGCGGUCCCUUCUAGUGAUGUACCUUGGUAGGUUCCCUGGAAGCUGCAAAGUAUCCCCGGGAGGGCCAGGGGAUGUCCUGGUUGGUGAUCGCCGUUGCGGUCCUCCCCUUCUGGUGGUUUACCUUGGUAGGCUCUCUGACGGUGGGGCAUGUCGCCACGAGGAUGGGCCGUGGGUGUCCGGAUUUGGGGUCCCCGUUCCAGACCAGUCAUUUGGUCGUCGUCCAGACUGGAAGAUCUGGGCAGUAACUUAGGCAGAUGUUAAUAACGCACACAAACAUGAAAUAUAUAUAAUUACAUUAAUUCCCCAAUGACCGGCGUUGUGGCACUACGUGAUGGCUGUAUGGGGACUUUGUUUAUGGCUCUAUCACUUCCUAAGUGUCAAAGGAACUGAACCGAAAAGGAAUGAAAGCAUAGACAAAAGAUAUACAAUAUAUAGUUCUCACACAAAAAUCAUCUAAUUGGACUGUAUUCUAUAUACGUUCAAUGUUCUGGCAGAAUGACUAUCAUGGCAUUGUCUCUAAUGCCAUAUCUAAGGUUUUCCUACUUGGUGUGUUGCUUAGGCACCUAAGUUGAUAACUAUAUGAUAAGUUUACAGCUGGAAGGCACUAGUUUUGGCAGUCUACAGGGAUGACCUAUGGACUUCUGGGAAGACAACUGCUGUAGAGUCAAAGGCCUAGAAGUAAAUGUUCAACUUUAUUCACUAAGGCUGGUGUUUUGCUUGGACCCUUAAGUGAUCCUAGCAUAAAUCCUAAUUGGAUGUUCUGUUGUGCAUGUGUGUUUAUGCGUACACAAGCACACAUGUCAAGGGAAGAAAAAAACAAGUAUCCUGGCAGAUUACAACUUGUUCAGAAUGAGUCUGACGUAGUCAGGUAAUUUUCAGGACAAUGCCUGGAGGUCAGUCAGAAUUGGUGUCGAGGGAGUCUGUGGUUUUACUACCAGUCACGGUCUUCCACUAUUGUAGUGGCAAUAGGUAUGAAGUCUCUUUCCAUAGCUAUGUUAUCCACAGAGGAGCUAACCUCACGACAGAAGUACUCUAAGUAUUGGACCAGUCGUACAUGGUGUGAUCGUGGUACAUUCUAAUACUUUUCCUCCUGAAUGGAGGGUUCUAUUUAUUAGUGACAUGUGUGUUAACCAUUUGAAGAGUGCUCUGGAGAUUCCCUUCCCUGUGCUGCACUCUGAGUGACUCCUAUGUCGCUAUUGUCAAGGGUAAUUUGAUUGGUUAGGUCUCUAACCUUCUUUCUGAUUGUAGCUAGACUGACUGUCGGUGGUAUUGGUACUGGUGCUCAAAGGGACCAGUUAUCCUACCGAUUUAUUCUGAAAUAUUAUACUACCGGAACACAUGAUGGGAGCAUUUUACUAGUUGUCUUGUAGUUUAACCUACACAUGGCAAGGAAUGAUUAUUGUUGCCAUUUGUUUUGGAGGUGGACAAGUCCACUGGACUUCCUUUACGACCAGUGUGGUACACCUCAGUACUAUCUUAGAUGUGUUCUAAGAUAAUCCCCGUCUAGGGGCCUGUCUGCUCCUCACUGUUCUCAAAGGGGAGUUUACAACUAGAUUUGAUUUAUGCUCUGGCGGCCUCGUACAGUGUCCGUAGUCUCGACCCACCCACCGGCCUUGAUGAGGCUCAUCGUGGGUCUGGGGUACUAUUCCCCCCCUUUGUCUCGGGACCCCCCCCACCAGCGGGUGGUGUUGGUGUCCGAGGCGCAAACGGAAAAGGUCGAACCCUAUGUACGAGUUGUCAGUGGCCACGUUGUUAUGAGAAUGGCUGUAACCUUUCAACCAAAUCUCCUGGGUGUUUGUGCUUCAAAACGCUCAGCGGCUGUUGAGGUCUGUCAGUCACCACCGCGUCCACGUAUGGCAACCUCUUCAGUACCUGCGAACUGAGAUGAGGAUAUCGGUCUGUGAUAUCGCAAAGUGUUUCACCAGUGGGAGUCAUCGGGUCAGUUGCUGGACUGAAGCCAUUAGUGUCAUUGUAAGGGUUGACAGUCCCCCACAAAGCGGAAGGUGUGUCAUCGGAAGCAGAGUAUACUCUGCGGAUUGAUGUUUUUCUUGCUGAGAUGGAAGUGUCCGAAGGGCAAGAUGAGUUCAUCUCAACUACCGUAUUGCACGACUGCAAGGAGGAGGGAAGUUGCGUAUUCACAGAGACAGCUGGCUCGAAAAACAUGAAAAUAAUGGUCAAUCAAGUUGGCUGAUGAAAUGUGUCGAGAUAUCGUAAUAUCUCCUUGGAUCGGAUUCUGCCCCAAGAUGAUUCUAAAUGUCUUUUUCCCAAGGGGUGCUUUUGACAGAUACCCCUCGUGAAUGACUGCAUUGCAGCUAGCGUUAGGGGAAGACAGUGUGGUCGGUGGAGAAGGCACGGUGGCCUGUGACCAUACCUGGUUGGUUUUCCAAUCCAUCAAUGGGAGUAACCGAUCCAUCAAGUCUGCUCCAAGUAGCAGGGGUACAGUUUUGAGGCUGGUAACAUACACAGUGGACGAGCGAUACGUCCUUGAAGUGUAGUUUCGGCAUGACUCUCAAUGUGAGAGGCGAGGUAGUCUGAGUGACCCCUCGAAGUGUAGUGUGGCAUCGUUCCACUUUUAACCAACGUUUAGUUGGCUUCAAAGCCUUUUUGAGAUCAUCAAACAAUGUUUGAGAGAUGAGUGAUAUUGUCGCACCCAAAUCAAUUAGCGCAUGGCAAGUUAAGCUGUCCUCCAGGACUGUUUCCAGGUAUGGUCGUUUCGAUUCGUGGUUAGUGGACAUAUUCCCCACAAAGUGGAGUGGUCGUUCGCAACGACGUGAUGUGCCAUUUCUGUUCAAGGUGGAAGCAGAUUGACUUUUCCGAUUUUGAGUGGGCUUGGCUUUAACGAAGCGUUUGACCUUUUUCUUCGCAACCUUUGUAUCAGAGUCUAUUGACAAAGCCCGGGGGCUUGUUUCUUGAUCAGGCGGGCCCUGGAUAGGGGCGGCAGGGUAGCCUAGUGGUUAGAACGUUGGACUAGUAACCGAAAGGUUGCAAGUUCAUAUCCCCGAGCUGACAAUCUCAGAUGGCAAGAUAUCAAGGCUAGACUGGAGAGAACCUUUACGAGGCCUGCGCCCGAUGGUUGAUUUUGGAAAGCGUUGUUGUCUUCUUUUCCACUAAUGGCAUAAUUAGGGUUGGUAUCGCUGCUGAGGUCAGAGAUCAAUCGGUUUACGGGUGGAGGUUCACUAAUUAGGGUUGGUAUCGCUGCUGAGGUCAGAGAUCAAUCCGUUUACGGGUGGAGGUUCACUAAUUAGGGUUGGUAUCGCUGCUGAGGUCAGAGAUCAAUCCAUUUGCGGGUGGAGGUUCACUAAUUAGCGGGCGAGUGGGGACUACCCCCUCUGGUAGGCGAGUGGGGACUACCCCCUCUGGUAGCUUGCACAUUAUUAGAACAUUGUGAAAGGAAAAAAAAAUAUCCUAAUUUUCCAAAGUUUGGUUUUGGAAUAUAUUGGGAGCUGCAAAGACGAUCUUAAUCUAUUUAUAGACGUUAAUGAACCAUCAGUACUGGACAGUGCUGUGGAAGUUGGACGUGAAUGAAUUUGCAAAAGCAAAUUGAAUUAAUCAAUGAUAAUGAUUAAUCAUACCUGGAUAGGCUAUCUGGGAAUUCAACUUUAAAUUCACCUGGGAAGUUGGUUCAUCUAGGUUACUAUUGCAAAGUUUAAGGUGUCUCAUUUAAUUGGAAGAACCUAGAAAGGUAUGUCCGACAAUUUAAAUAAAUAAAUUGAAUGAGACGAUAAGAGGAAAUCAUCUUCAAGACCACAAAAACCUCUUUGUCCGCUAAGUUUUCAAUGGUUGUUGAAUUCCUAACCAUACCACGUGGAGCAUUGGCUACAAUUAUAUCAACCUGGGAUGCGAAGACCGACAACCGCCGAAACAUCUAACCUAUGGGAACAUUUCUGAAUGGUAGUCUGAAGUAUCCAUUUUAACCACGAAAGACUUGAUCUUCAGGGAAGCAGAGAGAGAGGGACUCCGUUGAACUCUCCAGCAGACGGACGAUUCCGAUAAAUGAUCACGACGACACACUGAACGUAAAUAUUGAAUGUGUAAAGGAUUAGCAUUUCAAUUCAUUUAAUUAUCAACUGUGUAGUGAUUCCAUUUUUGUCUUUCCCGCCCUUCUCAGACCACACCCACUUCCCUUUGUUCACCAAGCCGUCAUAUCAGCUUAGCCCACUAGGGAACCUCCCAUAUCAUUUCCUUGUAACCAUAUCUACUGUUUGUUUAUGCAUUUCUGUGAUUAUUUAGUUAGUUAGUAAAUAAAUGAUUA